CAUUCCAUCACUCCACUGCGGCCGCUAGGGUUUUAGCACCACCAUGGCCGCCGCCGCCGCCGCCGCCCGGAGGCUUCUCUCCCGCCGCGCCUGCUCCUUCUCCGCUUCCGCCCUCCUCCGGCGUGCGGAGGCUGUGCCCGAGCAACUGCUGCGCCCGGCCGCCGCUGCGGCUGUGGUGGCCUCCCGCCUCGGCUUCCCGCGCGGGAUGGCGAGGCGGCCGGGCGGGGACGGGUACUCCCCGAUGCGGUCCGGCGGUGGGGGCGGGGACCGCGCGCCGACGGAGAUGGCCCCGCUGUUCCCUGGCUGUGACUACGAGCACUGGCUCAUCGUGAUGGACAAGCCCGGCGGGGAGGGCGCCACCAAGCAGCAGAUGAUCGACUGCUACAUCCAGACCCUCGCCAAGGUCCUUGGAAGCGAGGAGGAGGCCAAGAAGAAGAUCUACAACGUCUCAUGUGAACGUUACUUCGGGUUUGGGUGUGAGAUCGAUGAGGAGACAUCCAACAAGCUCGAGGGGCUCCCUGGUGUCCUCUUCGUGCUCCCGGAUUCAUAUGUUGAUCCCGAGUACAAGGACUAUGGAGCUGAGCUGUUUGUUAAUGGGGAGAUCGUUCAGAGGCCUCCAGAGAGGCAGAGGAGGGUAGAGCCUGUGCCACAGAGAGCUUCAGAUAGGCCUAGGUACAAUGACAGGACCCGCUACGCACGCAGGAGGGAGAACCAACGGUGAGACAAGGUGAUUGUUGUUGGACUGAAUAACAAGCCCCCGGGUGGUUUCAGCUCUGGAAUUAAAGGGUAAUAUAUCACAUCUACUGAAUGAACAAUCUUCCAGUUCCAUGAUCACUUUUAUGCAGUCUAGGGUGCUGGUUAAUGGUGAUCGCCCAACUUUGGAUGUAUUGUGCCCUGUAAUUACUACUAGAGAUUGGAAGUACCUGGCUUUGGGAAUGCAUUGUUAUUGUCUAACUGCAGCCAUUUCCUCUUGUACAUCCAUUUCACGAUCGAAACUGCGACUUUUUACAUGGACUAAGAAGACCUAUAUUUCAAUA